UUGCGCUCGAUGGCCGCCAGCAUCGUCGACCUGCCUUUUGAAAUCAUUGAGCAGAUCCUCCUCGAGCUUGACCCUCUCCACGUCGCCACUUUCGCCCAGACCAACCGGGACUACCACACACUCGUCUACCACUCCCACGACCAGCACUUCUGGCGCGAGCUCUACCUCCGCCAGGACUUCGAUGAUCCCCGCACAUGCCUCACACCGCUCGGAUCCCCGCGCACUGAGCCUGUCGACUGGCGCGGCGAGCUCCAGCGCAUCAUUCACGCUCGCACCGUUGCAACCCACCCUACGCUCUGUAGCGCCCACGAGCGCCUGGCGGCGCUGCGCGCGCUAGGAGACCUUUCGCGUUGUGCUCCAUCUGCGCCCACAGUAUUCAGCGACAAGCUGUCGCAUAAUUUGCUCUGGAUUGCUCUGAUCCUGCGCGGCGGUGCCCUACUCGACUUCCUUAGCCUGGAUAUCGACGAGGAUGAGGUGCAGCUGCGUGCACGCCUGCACACGCACUACGGGAUCACAGCGCGCGACUCGGGGACGGUACGGCGAGUCGAGGCGCUGGCAUACGUGUACGAUAUGCGGAACUACCGCCCGGAGAGCGACUAUGGGCCGUUCCUCCCUGACGGGAGCGGGCGCGUCAAUUGGGUGCACAUGCAGGCGCUGCACCAUGCCGUCGCGAUGCACUCGAUAUCGCUCGACGAGCUCGCCGAGGACGAUUUCGUGAUACACCAAAUGAGCAUCCCGUAUUGUCAAAGCAUCAUUCCUGAAGGUAUGAAUCUCGAUUCGGAGCGGGAUUGGGCGGGCAUCGAGGGGCUCUGGCAUUGUGCCUUCUGUUUCAUAGACCAUCGCGCGCUCCUGUGUGAGUCUUCGCAUGUGGGCAAUGAACCGCUCGACGCGUCGUUCUUCACGAAUCCCGGGUUUGGAGAGAUCUACCGCGUCAUUCCCGUGCAGUUCCGUAUCACCGCAACACAACCUGACCCCAACUACCCCACGCGUCCACGCCUGCUCAUUCAGGGCAACGUGCGCGACGAGAUCACUAUGACUGGUCACGUCAGCUUCACGCCAGACGAACAGCUGCACUGGCACUUGAUCUCGGGUGAGAACGGACAGGCCAUAUGGAGUAUGGAGGGCGUCCAAGUUGGUGGGGUACGCUCGUAUUUUGGCGUCCUCGGAAGUUGGACAACAAUAUUUCACGAGCAGCAUGACCCAGUCGGUAAGUCUCUUCUUGUGUUGCGUGAAUACUGUCGACUCGGCGUUAAUCGAUGCGCUGCGAUUAUGACUGUUCAGGACCGCUGUGGCUUCACAAAGCGCUACCGAAUUCGGCAGAGCAUCUAUCGUAAGAUAGAUGGUCAAGUUCUUCUUCGACAAUAG